AUGGGUUUCCGUAUGCCCUCAAUUCUUCAUGCCAAGCAGAUCCUCAAACUGCAAUCUCUUCUUACCAGAAGUCAGCUAUCUAUAUCAGCAACAACAGCAGUGGUGCCAAAAGGCCACUUUGCAGUUUAUGUUGGAGAAGCUGAAAAGAAGCGGUUUGUGGUUCCGAUAUCUUACUUGAACAAUCCUUCAUUCCAGAAAUUUUUGAGUCAUUCUGAGGAAGAAUUCGGCUUCAAUCAUCCAAUGGGUGGAGUCACAAUCCCAUGCAAGGAAGAAUCUUUCAUCGAUCUAACUUCUCGGCUAAGUUCCUCCUGA